GGAGGACAUUCUGCCAGCAGCGCCAGACCCCUUCUUAGUCCCUUCUAUGGUCUGGCGGCUGCUUUAAAGUGGUUCCUCACCAACUUCCUACUAUUUUUACUGGAGUUCAACAUCUGUGGUCUCUGGCACUCUGACCGCUUUGCUGAAGCCAAGCCUGGCUUCAAAGCGUCGGCCCAGAAGAAGAAGGGAGACAUCCUGCAGCCAUGUGACACAGAGUACCCCAGCUUUGUCUACGAGCCCUCCAUCAAGGAGACCAACAGCCUCAUUAAGUGUGGACGCUGUCAGAAGAUGUUUGUAACCCAGGCUGUCCCUGACAGUAACCUGCUGAUGUUGGUGGUACAGGCAGACUGUGACUGUUCCCGUCAGUACCCAGCUAUCACCAUGGAACCCAAGGAAGUGAAAUAUAUCCUUUAACAUGGAGAGCUAUCUUACUGGUUCCCUCUCACAAGCCCUCUCUCUGACACAGACACUGAUUGAUAGAAUUAUAAUGGUGUUGUGGAAAUGGGAUUUGAUAUCUAUGAAUAAGCAAUUGCUUAGUCAUAUAUCAGACAAAUCACUUCUCUUAUUAUAUACAUUACAGAUGUCGUUCAUUUCAAGCAGUUAUGAAUUGCUGUUUUACGCUGUGGAGAGUAGUCUCUUCCUAAACUCUUCUCCUUGACACAUUCAUAGAUGGCCUGCAGGGUCAUAGCCGAGCAUUCAGAGGUCGAGACAGCAGG